GUCUGGUAAACUGGGAUACAGGAUUAAGCUGGACUCGGAGGAAUCAGACUCGAUAACACCAUUAAAGCCUUUGUCUCAAGGGGUUAAACGAGACUACAAUAGGAGGGAGACCCUUGGUUCUCUUACUGAUAUGUUUGGAAAUAUAAGAUUAAACUCAGACUCAACUCAUAGUGAAGAAGAAAACGAUCCUGACAUAGAUUUAAAAGGAGCUGAGAUAUUUGACAUUGCUGAGGAUAAAUCUGAGACCCCUGAGCUCCCUGAUCCUCCUCCAGACUUAGAGAGUAUACCAGAUCUUGAACCUGCAGAGCUUCCUGAACCACCUAGAGAGGAAGAACUCGUCCUUUUUCUUAAAAACGAAAAACAACAAAAGAUCAAUAAUGAUUUAGAUAAUACUGUAGAAGCUACUAUUGAGGAUAACAUGUGUGUUGCACAAGAAGCGAGCAUUGAAGAAGCCCAUGAAUCCAUUGAAGUAAAUACUAAUGCCUCAGAACCAGGAGAAGUUAAUGGUGUUAAUGAAUUUCAGAGUUCAGUCAAGCCCAUUGAACAAUUUUCAGAAUCUGAAUUGGAUACAAAAGUAGAAGGAGUUGAGCCAAUGAACGUUGUUGAAUCUAGCACUGAUGCAGAAGAAACUAAUAGAAUUGAACCAGCAGACGAAUCUAGCAUUAAAGCAGAACUAACUGAACCAAUGGCUGUUGCUGAAUCUCAUACUGCUGUAGAAGUAAUUGAACCAAUGGCAUUAGGUGAAUCUAAUUUUGUCGUAGAAAUAGAUGAUCCAAUGACAGAAACUGAAACUGAAUCCAAUAUUGCAGCAAAAGUAACUGAACAAAAAACUGAAGCUGUAUUUAAUGCUGACAAAGAUGUCACUGAAACAAUGACUGCAACUGAAUCCAAUACUUCAGCAGAAGUUACCGAACCAAUGGCAGCUGGUGAAUCAGUUGUUAAUUCAGAGGCAACUGAACUGGCUUUAUCUGAAUCUGUUACUGAUCAGGAAGUAACUGAAUCAAUGGCAGUUGCUGAAUCUAAUAUUGAGAUAGAAGCAACCGAACCAUUAGAAGCAGUAGAAGUUGCAACUGAACUUGUAGCAGAUGUUGAAUCCAAUACUGCAGUUGACGUAUCUGAACCAAUGGUAGGAGCCGAAUUAAGUAUUAAACCAAAAGAAACUGACCCAAAAGUAGAUGCUGAAUACAAUAUUGCGUCCGAAAUGACUGAACCAAUUACUGCAGAUACAACAGAACAAAAUGUAGUAGUUGAGUCCAAUUCUGAAGUAGAGGUAACUGAUCCGGCUGAAUGUAAUCCUUGUGAACCAAUGGAAGCAAAAGAAUCUAAUUGUGAUGCAGAAGUAAAUAAAUCCGUGCCAGUAGCUGAAAAUACAAAAUCUGACGGAGCAGAACCAAUAGCAGCUGUCGAAUCUAAUGCUGAAGUUACUGAAUCAAUUGAAGAAUUCAAAUCUAAUGCCGACGUUCCUGAACAAACGGCAGCAGUCAAGUCUAAUGCUGAAUCGAUGGCGGUAGCUGAAUCAAUGGCAGUAGCUGAAUCUAGUAUUGAAGCGGAAUUAGCUGAAUCAAAUGCAGUAGCUGAAAGAGAUAUUGAGCCUGAAGCAACUGUACCAAAAGCAGCACCCGAUUCUAAUAUUGAAGCUGAUAAAACUGAGAUCUCUACUGCUGAAGUAGAAGCUAGUGAAUUAAUUGCAGCAGAAUUUGAUACUGCGGCAGAAGCAACUAAAAUUAUGGAACCAGCUGAAUGUAAUCCUAAAAUUGAAGCUGCUGAACCAAUGGCACUAGCUGAAUUAUAUAUUAAAGCAGAUGCAACUGAAUCAAUGGCACCAGAUGAAUUAGACAUUGAAUCAGAGGUAACUGAACCAAUGUCUGCAGCAGAAUCUUAUACUGGGUUAAAAGUAACAGAUCCAAUGAACGCAACUGAAUUCAACAAUGAGGCAGAAGCAACUGAACCGCUGGGAGAAACUGUACCUAAUACUGAAGUUGAAGUAACUGAACCAAUCGCAGCCACUGAAGCUAGUACUGAUGUUGUGGUAGCUGAAUCAAUGACAGUAGCUGAAUCCAACACUGGGGAAGAAGCAACUGAAUCGAUGGCCCCAGCUGAUUCUGAGGAAUCUAAUGACAUCACUAAAGCUCCCCUUAAUGUCCUUGAAGCAGUAAACAAACAAGAAUCUGCUCUCCAAGGAGAAAGCCCAGCUAUAAAAUUGCAUCACAUCGCCCCUUUGUCAGACACCCCCGUAGACGCCCCUAAACUCCCAUCUAUGUCUCCUCUGCCACCCCUUAAGAACCCGUUGGGUGGGAUCCAACAUGAGAUGGAAGCUGUUAAGCGUCAUCUGUUUGAAUCACCGCUAGCUGGAAAACCUACAGCUAUUGUCAAACCAAGAAAAGAAGGUUCGGAAAGCUCCGACGAUUUGUUAGGAAUGUUUGAUAAGCCAAGCUGUCUGCUGCAGCAGCCUACAGUAGUAUACAAUACAGUCCAUCUAAACCUGGAUACACACAUCGAUACAGAUACAGUCAGGGUCACAGAUACAGUUAAAGUCAAGGAUACAGAUACAGUUAACGUCAAGGAUACAGAUACAGUUAACGUCAAGGAUACAGAUACAACCAAGGAGACCGAAGCAGUUUCUAAGAUAGAAUUAUCCGAUGUAAGAACUGCAGAGAGUAAUCCCAGAAUGGAGAACACAGAGGAAGAUGAUAUCCCUGUUCCCCCUGCUAAAGGCUACAAUCUGGAUUUCCUGGACAAUUUGGAUGAUCCCAACUUUAAUCCGUUUCAGACCAAAACCGCAAUCCUGGAAAACUUUGGAACCUCAGUUCCGGUUCCUGGAGAACCAACCCCCUCAGAUUCCCUUGCAGGAGAACCAAGCUCUUCUGCUCCAAAACCCCCUGCAAAAAAUCCGGUGGCAAAGAAGAAAUUAGUCCCGCGAAAACCACUUUUAAAGAAAUCCGCAAAACCUGCUCCAGCCCCUGAAACCUCCGGAGUCGAUGAACCGACUAAGGAUGGAGAAAGUUCAAGUUCUCCUCCUCCUCCCUCUAAAGGAUAUAACCUUGAUUUUCUAAGUCAGCUUGAUGAUCCUAACUUUAAUCCGUUCGAAACUAAAACUGCAGUCAGGGGCUCAUUCGACGUUACAACAGAACCCAAAGAGUCUAAUGAGAUUGAUGUCACCAACGUAGAUUUAAAAUCAAAUAAUUCUCUGACUCCCGAGUCUGACAAGUCUGAAGAAAUUGCUAAACCUGCUGAAAAGAAGAAAGAAGUCCCUAAACCCUGGUUAAAGAAGAAGAAGAAACCUGUCCCAAAACCAGCAGCAGAACCCACAGAAUCUUUCGAGAAUCCCAUCCCAGCCCCUGCUAAAGGAUACAACCUUGAUUUCUUAGACAACAUGGACGAUCCUAACUUCAAUCCAUUUGUCACCAAGACGAAUGUUGUGGACGAUAUAAAUAAAAACGACCUUACUGAAUCGUCCCCUGCUAAACUUACCAAAUCUCCGAUAAGCAAAUUGAAGGAAAGUUUAAUCAAACGUGAAUCCACAGUGGAGUUUGAAAUGAACGAGAAUCAAAUCCAGGAUGGAGUUGAAAACCUGGAUACUCCAGAAGUAGUUUCUAAACCUUCUCCAGAUACUCUAGAAGUAGAUCUAAAACCAUCUCCGGUUACUCCAGGAGUGGAUCUAAAACCAACUCCAGAUAUUCCAAGAGUAGAGCUCAACCUUGCAGCUGACCUACCUGACCCUGAGUCUAGGUUAGGAUCAGUAGUAGAUGAGAACCCAAUAAACCUUCCUACUCCAGACGAAACUGCUGGAGCAGAGAAGAUGGAAGAGAAAGAAAAAUCAAAUCCCACACCGGUAGCAAUAUCAGGUUACAAUUACGAUUUUCUGAAUGAUCCGAACUUUGAUCCCUUCCAAACCAAAUCUUCAGUAAAGAACGAUUUGAUUGAUAAACCAUUGGACAACAAGCUGGCUUCAACCCAAGAGAAACCUACUUCAGCACAACCCAGUGAACCCAGAGUUAUCAGUUCUGUCUUGGACCUGGAGACCAACCCAGAACCGAAAGAAUCCAGUACUCCUUUGAACCUGGAACAUAUCUCUAGUACUCCUUUAAACCUAGAACCUUCUCCAUCAGGAACCAGUACUCCCACACCAGUGGAGCUUGUGUCUACUCGACCAAACAAAUAUAAAAUAGAUGAUUCCUAUGUUGUACCUGAACCUUUGGAUUUAGAAAAGUUGAUCAAUUCAGAAUUUCCAAAUCAGACCUUGACUGAACUGGAACUACCAACUUUGGGGGAGUCCUCUGGAAGCAUUAAGAAACCAGAGUUUUGUAUGCUGGGUGAUCUGAACGAUGAGUCUGUGAUAACCUCAGGAGGAGGUGAGAUAGCCAUGCUGGAACCUGGAACCAUUAAAUCCAAGGAACCUGGAACCCUUGCAUCCCUGGAACCUGUUGAAUCCAGUACUAGGAACAUGGAAUCACAUCUUGAUAUUCUUUCAGCUCACAAGAAUGGAACUCUAUGUUUUCCGGACGAUAUCCCCGACCUCACACAUUUUAACAACAUCAAUGCGUCAACACUGACGCAGUUGAAAGCUCUGUCAGGAGAUACCACCUCCAACCUGACGCAGCUAGGUCUGCUCCACGAGCAAAGACUGUUGGAGAAGGACAAGGAGCUGAUGAACCUUCAACAGGAGAUAAAACAGAACCAGAAGCAGAUACAGGGAUUAAUGUCCGAUAUUGCACAGAUGGAUUCUAACAAUAACGAGAUGCUCCUCGUUAUCGGAGAUUUUGAGAAAACCAUAAGUCAGCUUAUCCAGGAAAAACAAAGGGAUACCGUGGUUCUAGAAAUAGAAAAGGAUAGACUUAGGACAGAAAGAGAUCAGAUAUUGGAAGACCUGAGCGCAGUUGAGCGAGCGUUUAAUGACGUUCACCGGAAGUACGAGAGGACAAGGGAGGUUGUCGGAGGAUUCAAGGCUAACGAGGAUAUGCUGAAGAGGACAGUGGAGGAUCUUAGUAAGCGAAACAAGAGAGCAGAAGAGAGAUAUGAACUGUUGAAAACUCAUGCUGAAACUAAGAUUGAAGAAGCGAACCAGAAGCUAGAGGAGGUGAAGAGAAGUAAGGCUGCAGAGAUUACUAAACUACAAGCCCUUUUGAGGAAGGCUGAGAUGAGGGUUGCCUCCCUGGAAAGGUCUUUAGAGCAGACGACUCGAGAUAAUGAUGAACUAACCAAGAUCUGUGAUGAUUUGAUCAGCAGGGUCGGACAGUAAACAAAAUUCUCCGAUAUGUAUUAUGUCGUCUUCGGUUUUUAUUUUCCACCCAAUUAUGAUAUGAUUUUAACCCCCAUCAUGUGUAUAAUAUAUCUAGUACUAAUAAAUUAUUAAUCUGA